AUGUGGGAAGAGUGGGACGAUGAGCAUUUUGUGAAAAUUUUUUUCGACUGGAAGAUAUUUGCCAAAUAUGCAAAGGAUAAUGAAUUUAGGGAGCUAGAAGAAGGCAUAAAGAAGGAAACUAGCACUUCCAGCUAUCUGAACCUAAAUGAAGAAGACGUAGAGAAGGAGGCGAAUGACAACAUUCUCUUGAUACUGCAGUCGUUUAUUAUAGAAAAAAAAUACACAGAUGUUUCUGAUUACCUCGUUAAUAUAAUUUUAAGGUGGAAUUAUUACACAAGCUUGAGGAGCGAAAAAGAGCUCGAUUCUAAUGGUGUAAAGAAUCGACUAAAGAUAAAUGUAGAUAUUUACACUCUACCAGAUGUGUACAGAAAUUUUCAAGAAUAUUUUUAUUCAUACUUUCCAUUAUUCCUCAUCGAAACACAACAAUUAAUAAACAACAAAAAGGAAAAUGAAAAUAUAAAAGAGUAUGACGUAACGUUACUUAACACCCCCAAGGAAAUUUACAAUUUUGAAUUUACCAUCAACAUAGCUUAUGACAGCCUCCUGUAUUCAAAUCUUUUUUAUGGUGAUCUCAUUAUCCUUAGGUUUGUUCCCAAAGGAACUGCAAAAAAUGAUUCUCAUAAUAUUUACACCCCUAUGUUUUGCUCCUCAAAGAGAAAUGAAGAAGAGGUAAUAUCUAGUGAUUCUGAAAAUGACAAGUUGGAGGUAGGUUCCUCUGGCUCGUGUACCCAUUCAGAAGGUUCACAAAAUUGUGAGGAAGUUAAGGAAGUGAGGGAGGAGGAGCUUGUCCAAAACACAGACCAAAUCGGUAUCUCCAUGUUAGACGAAAAGGAAAACAAACUCAACGAUGGCACCAAGUCGGGAAGACACGAAACGAAUGUACAAACGAAUGCACAAACGAAUGCACAACCAAAUGCACAACCAAAUGCACAACCAAAUGAACAAACGAAUGCACAACCGAACGACGAAACGAAUGAAGACAUUUACAUGAUCAGAAAAUAUUGCGUCCGUCAUAUGUUAGGUUAUGUAAUUUCAAAAAAUAAGGAACAAAUAAAAAUCAAAUUUAAUUUGAAUUAUAAAAAUUUUGAUAUCAUUGAUAAAGUCAGGAAAUAUAUAAUUUACGAAAUUUUCGUAGCGGACAAAUUGGAUUAUUAUUUUACGCGUGUGUCUAAGGUGAUCAGCUUGAUUUCAACUCUGCGGUUAUUUAACUGCUUUUUCAAUUUUAGGAACUCCGCCUUGUUGAAUGAAAUUGUUGAAGUUAAUCCAAGUGGAGAAAGUCACGUACACGCACCUAGCGUCACUUGUAAGGGGGAGGUUAAUCAGGAUGAUAGCACCAGCGAGGAGGAGAACUAUAUCCAUCUGCAGACGAAGAGGAGGAAAAAAGAACACAUAGGUGAUGAGCAGGUUAACGAGACCAACUCAGAACAAAUACCAAAUGGAGAACAACAGAAAACCCACCCUGCAGAAACCAUACCAGAUGAAUCAUUGAAUGGGCAUCCAGAUAUAACAGAGGAUAUGGAGGAAACACUUAAGCAAAAAAUUAAGGAUUAUUUGAUGAAGUUGAAAUGGUCAGGAAGGAAGGAAGACAUCGGUGUGAAAAUUGAGGAGCACACUUUUAAUGAAAAUGGUAGUGAAAAUCAUAGCACAAAAAGUAGGAUAACCAGAAAUAUCCAAACGAACAUCAAAGGGGAGGAAUCCUCCUUAUACGAACACACAAAUCUAAAGACAAAUGAUUCCGGGAAGGAUAACAAUUUAGCAAAAAGGGAACCCCCACUCCUUUGGGAGAAGCAAUAUGAAGGCUUCCAUUACAUACCAGAGGCGCUAAAAAAUAAAUUCCUAAGUAUGUACAAUAAGUACCAAUUAAGGGCCAUUAACAACAGCAUAAUGAAUGAGGGGAUUACACUCAUUCAAGGCCCUCCCGGCACAGGGAAAACUACGACAAUUUUGGGAAUUAUCAGCGCGCUCAUUUUUUUUCAAAAGGGUGAAAUGAAUCCUAGUAGGAAUCCCCUCAGUGACAAUUUGUUAUCUGCCUAUGAGGACGGAGAAGAAGAAAAGGGAAAUAAGAAGAAAAAAAAGAGCCCGUACGUUUGGAUCAAUUACGACAAGAAAAAUGACCACUGCUAUUUUAACGACAACUGCUUCAACGCAAUGGAAUACGAAGACUUUUUUGACCACAUCGAAAAAAACGAAGAAGAAAAAAAAAAAAAAAACGUCUUCCACAUUAGUAAAGGAAACAAAAAUGAAAAUAAGUAUGCAUAUGCAAUCCAUCUGAGCAUUAUGAAUGCGUCUAGUAGAAUGUUAAAGAGUGAUGACAACCAUGUAGAAGAAAAUAAUUCAGGUGAAGAGGAAAUUCUUAAAAAUAAUGAAAACAGAAUAAAAAAAUUGAUUGCCUUAACGGAGACAUAUUAUAAUUCCUACGUGAACAGCGAUAAUGUGGCGAAGAAACCCGACUGCGUGGAGGAAAGGAAUACCAAUGAGAAACUGAACUAUUCAUACUACGUUAGUGAUAGCAGUGCGUACUCUUUUGCGUCCGGAACAUCGGGACAAGUAUCACAGAAAGGAACGAAAAACGAAUUAAUGAGCAAAAGUUCGAACCUAAUUCCCCUUAGGGAAAAAAGAAAGUGGAAAAGGAAAACCCCGACGGAAGAUACACAACAAGCCAUUUUUAAAAAGGAAAAGAUAAAAAAGCUAAACUUAAUUAAGAACAAAAGAAUACUGGUAUGUGCCCCAUCUAACGCAGCCAUUGAUGAAAUUUUGAGAAGGCUAAUAUCGUCUAGUAACGGAAUUCUAGACGAAGAUGGAAAUUUUUUUAAUCCUAUAGUUACGAGAAUAGGGAGAAAUGUAAGCACAGACAUAUUAGAAUUUAGCCUGGAAUUUAAAGAACAGUUAUUUUUAUUUCUUAAUAAGAAGGAAGAAAAUAAAAUUAUAAAAAAAAAUUUAUUGAAAACGUCCACCAUUAUUUGUUCAACACUUUCUGCCAGUUCAAACACAUCCCUAGUUAACUACAUUGAUUCCUUCGACGCAGUUAUAAUUGAUGAAGCGUCUCAGUCAGUCGAGUUGGAUAUUUUAAUACCUUUGUCAUUUUCUUGCAAGAAAAUUAUUCUGGUAGGAGAUCCAAAGCAAUUGUCAGCGACGGUUUUUUCGCUAUUUGCAAAGCGGCGCAUGUAUGCCAGGUCCCUGUUCGAACGAUUACAAAAGAAACAUAAGAUGAACAAGUGGAAAUAUAAUUUGUUGUCCAUUCAGUAUAGGAUGCACCCAGACAUUUCAUACUUCCCAAAUAAGUAUUACUACAGGAAUAAAAUUACCGAUGCCCCUUAUUUUCUAUUUACCCUUUUUAAAGAAAUGAAAAUGAAUAAGUACAUUGCAAAUUUGAAGAAUGAUUUACGGGAUCAACACACGGGAGCAAUUAUCGAAAGGGAAUCUUUUUACAAAUUCGAUUUAUUUCACUUUAUGCAAAAUAACUUUGGUAAUUUAUUGCCCCCAAAUUUUCACGAUAUAUAUUUAUGUCAGAAAAAUCAAGGGGCAAUUGACUGGUUCAGUAUACCCUUACUUAGACAUAGCGUUUUUUACGAUAUAUCCUUUUCGAAGCAAAGGAAAAUAAAAAACUCCUACAUCAACAUUGAAGAGAGCGAAGCUGUAUUGCAGUUUAUCGAGUUUUUGCACUUCAUCUUUACCGCAGAGAAUGUGAAGGAGUGGUACAAACGAAUAGGCAUCAUCACCCCUUAUGCUACGGAGAAAUUUUUUCUAAAGAAGGAGCUAAAAAGGUUCUUCACAAAAAAGGGUUACAAAAAUAAUAUUUCUAAUUUUAUUGACAUUGGAACUGUGGAUGGUUUUCAGGGAACGGAGAAAGACAUCAUCAUAUUUGUGUGUGUGCGGACGAAGGGUUCGCUCAAGAGGAGGAAGAAGAAAAAGGAUAACGAGGCUGAUAGUGACGCAGCGAACAUAAGUUCCGCAUCUUCCGUGGAGGAUAAUGUGGACGACGAAGUGGAUGACUCUAAUAUGUUUUUCUCCAGUUACAAACGGUUAAACGUGGCCCUAACUCGAGCCAAAUAUAAUCUGUUCAUUUUCGGAAACUGCAGUUUCUUGAAAAAAUGCGAUGCCUGGGGUAAGAUUAUUAAACACUACAAAAUGAGGAACAAGGUAAUAAAAAUAAAAUACAAGAAAUUUAAAACGAGGAUGAAAAUUUUGUCUGAAAAUGUGACAGAGGAAGACCUGUUCGAUGAGAAGGUUCAGGUGAUUAACAAAAAAAUCGAAAAUUCUUUUUAUAACAAAAAUAUAAUAGAUUACAAUUUCGUGCCAACUUGUGAGAAUGAAAGUCCAUCCUUCGAUUUGAAAGGUUUCCUUUACUCUGUUGGACUGAGCCAGGCGGAAGAGGACGGAGAUGGAGGUUGUGAAGGGCAGAAUGAAAUAAGUAUUAGUGAGAAUAAAUAUGGAUUGGGAAACCCCUCAGCAAAGACGGAUAAUAAAUCUGAGGAGAGGGAAAUCUUGAACUUUUUCAAGCAGCUGUAUAAUGACGACUUUGGGGUUGCGGACGAAUUUGACUUGGGGCGGGACCAGAUGGGGGGGGCACUAACCGAACCGUUAACCGAAUCGGUAAUCGAACCGGUAAUCGAACCGGUAAUCAAACCGGUAAUCAAACCGGUAAUCGAAUCGGUAAUCGAACCGGUAAUCGAACCGGUAAUCGAACGAACGAGUUGCACAGAUCACCUAAUGGAGGUCUGCCCGAAGGAGGGGGAACCAUCGCAGAUCACCGACCACACCAAGGCCCCGCCAAAUGGUACAAACAAUGGUGUUAAAAAGGAACCCGUAGAAUUAAUCGAAGUGAUAGAUCUUGAAGACGAUGCGGAAAGUACAGAACGAAUCAGUAUAAGCGGAAAUGCUGAGGAAGUGAAAACACAAAAUUACAAUCAGGAGGAAUUCAAACAAAAGGGCCUUUCCUUAUCAGCAUCCUCCGCGUUAAGGAAGGAAGGUUCUGAUGUGGAUCUCUUCACACGUAUAACCAAAGGAGGCGAUGAAACAGUUUCCAACAUUAAUGAAGGACAUCCUGGCACAACCCCCACAAUGAUAGAAAUAAAUGAAAAUUUGAUAAACAGUAAUUACUUUAUCGAUAUGUUGUAUAACCACUGCAAGGUGAACAGAGAGCUCAUCCUCGUCGUGCAAAGUGUUCUACCUAAUUUUUCACGACAAAUUUUAUUCAAGCAAUAG